AUGGGGCGGCGGCGCCACGCGGCGCCGGCGGAGCCGUCGGGCGGCUGCUGCUGCUGCCUGGCGGCGGCGCUGCCGCUGCUGCUGCUGCUGCUGCCCGCCGGCUGCCCGGUGCGGGCGCAGAACGACACGGAGCCCAUCGUGCUGGAGGGCAAGUGCCUCGUGGUGUGCGACUCGAGCCCCUCGGCCGACGGCGCCAUCACCUCCUCGCUCGGCAUCUCGGUGCGCUCGGGCAGCGCCAAGGUGGCCUUCUCGGCCACGCGCAGCACCAACCACGAGCCCUCCGAGAUGAGCAACCGCACCAUGACCAUCUACUUCGACCAGGUAUUAGUUAAUAUUGGCAACCAUUUUGAUCUUGCUUCCAGUAUAUUUGUAGCACCAAGAAAAGGGAUAUAUAGUUUCAGUUUCCACGUGGUCAAGGUCUAUAACAGACAAACCAUCCAGGUAAGUUUAAUGCAAAACGGCUAUCCAGUGAUUUCAGCUUUUGCAGGGGAUCAGGAUGUCACCAGAGAAGCAGCCAGCAACGGGGUCUUGCUCCACAUGGAAAGAGAAGACAAAGUGCAUCUCAAGCUGGAAAGGGGUAACCUCAUGGGAGGGUGGAAAUAUUCAACCUUUUCUGGCUUCUUAGUCUUUCCACUAUAAAAGAAGGCUGGAUAGGAGACAAAUCCAUGAGCUGGAACAAGGAUUCAAUCGUUAAUGACACCCUGAACUUGACAGCAUAUGACAAUAUUUCCAGUCGCCCUGUCAGACUGUCACAGUAGAAGAAUGAUAACCUUCUAAACUCCAACAUUUACUUUGACUAUUGACAAUUCCUUGGGAAACCUGCGCCUCUAAUUAGAUUUAGACGACAGUGAUCUUUAGGAGAAAUGAAAUUAUCGACCUGAGCAAUUUGUACCUGUGAUUGUAAAGUCAAUUUCGGAUUUAUUGUUGGGAUCAUUGACUUUCUUCUUUUUAUUUUUUCUCUCUCUUUCGUUUUUUCCCUCUUUUCUUUCUCUUCUUGUUGUCCCAAUGAGACAAGUAAUUCGGACCACACCAUCUCUUUAUCAAAGGCUCACUCCCGAGCCCGAAGAAUGAAGUGUUCAGCCCAAUGAGGUGUUCUUUCCAUGCUUUCU